CACAGAGUGAUACUCACAUAAUUAUUUAUUAUAAUUUAUAAGAUUUGACAAGACGUAGGCCUACCAUUUUUUUCAGACACGUUAAGAUUUCUUAUUUUCUUACUUCUGUAUAAAAGCAGAACCGAGAACCGAGUAUUUUGAACUCUGAACUGAACUUAAUUUAUUUGACUUAAUGUCUGAAUUUUCUGAUUAGAAUUGGAUUGUAUAAUGUUAUUAUGAAAUGUUUAGUAAAACAUUUCCUAUUUAAUAAAAAAUGAUAAUACAGUUCUUAAUAAUUUGUUCAUGUUCCAAUUUAUUCCAUUAUUUUAUUAAUAUUAACAUAAAUAUCACUUUAAAGUUUUUAGAAUAAGAAACAAUUAUGAUCAAAGCAAUAUUGGUCUUUAACAAUUACGGAAAGCCUAGACUUUCUAAAUUCUAUCAAUAUUUUAAUGAAGAUAUGCAACAGCAAAUUAUUAAGGAAACAUUUCAGUUGGUUUCCAAACGAGAUGACAAUGUUUGCAACUUUCUUGAAGGUGGAAGUCUCAUUGGAGGAUCAGAUUACAAACUGAUUUAUCGUCAUUAUGCUACACUGUAUUUCGUGUUUUGUGUAGAUUCGUCAGAAUCAGAACUUGGUAUUCUUGAUUUAAUUCAAGUAUUUGUUGAAACACUCGAUAAAUGUUUUGAAAAUGUUUGUGAGCUCGAUCUUAUAUUUCACGUCGACAAGAUUCAUUACAUUUUAAAUGAACUAGUAAUGGGUGGAAUGGUUCUAGAAACUAAUAUGACUGAAAUACUUUCAAGGAUAGAAGAACAAAACAAAUUAGAGAAACAAGAAGCGGGUCUUGCUGGUGCACCAUCUAGAGCUGUGUCUGCUAUGAAAAAUAUGAAUAUUCCACAACAGUUAAAGGAUAUGAAACUUCCAGACCUCCCUCAAGCCAUUAAGGAAUUGAAGUUCUGACAUUCAAGGAACAAAUUGGUUUGCUCUGAAGCCUAUCAUAAUUAUACAAAUUGAGUAUAUGGAAGAAUGAACAAAUAUUUGUUACUUGCUGUUUAGGAACUAACAUUUAAAUUUAGAAUAAUAUCAUUGUUCAAUCCUGUUUUUGUUCUUGUAUAUUGUUAAUUUUAUUUUGGUACAGUGUACAUUUUAACAGUUUACUGCCCAUGUCCAUAAUAUUACAUUUGAAUGUAUAAUACGAUAAUUACUGUUUAUAAUAUUCCGUUUAAAAUUUGUUACACUAGAUUAAAAUAAUAAGAUUUAUAUUUUUCUGAAUUUAUAUAAAGUUUAUAACAUAACAUAUAUUAAUUAAUUAUAAUGUAAAUUUGUUUUGAGAUUGUUAAUCUUAAUUGAAUUAAUGUUCUUACCAUCCAAAAAUAAAACCCAAUAAUUACAAAAUUAUGUGUAUAAAAUAAUUUAAUAUUGUAUAACGUAUCAUCAUAUUGUGCAACAACAACAUCAUUGUUGUUAUUAAUAAUGUGCAAAAUCACGUCAUAUCAUGGGAUAUAAUUAUUAGCAAAUCGAAUAUUGUUAAACAGGGGCGUAAGACUUAGGUCAAUAGGUCACUUGUAUAUAAGACCGACUUUAAGCCUACUGUAAGUUCUACAUUAUAAUAUUACUUAUUUAUACGUCAUACGUUUAGUAAAUGUUACUUAUUACUAUUUUGUCAUUUUUGUCCAGAUUGAUCAACAAACAUAAUCCUAAACUCAACAGGUAUAACAAGUAUUAUAAUAAAUAUUAUUACAUCAUUAGUUUUCAUAAAUAAAACAUAUAUAUCAUA